AUGAAUGGCACUAUAUGGUCAACCUCGAGGUUUCUCUCAUAUGGCACGCUAUCUGUGCCCAUAGAGCCAAAUUCCUUUUCUCAAAUUCGCCGUGAAUCGGAGUCCGAAGACGGUUGGACGAUCCUCAGUCUAGAUGCUCUUCUCAAGUAUAUCAGGAGGCCGGAAGACUAUUCUGUUGUUACUGGUCUCCGACUUCUCAUUAGCCACCAAUUUAUAUCUGCAUCCUAUUCCGCGCCACGGAACGACACGGUGCUCAUUCGCAUAUAUCUCAUCCCGUAUGACCUGCCUGGUGCACAAGGGAAGCUGAGAAAUAGAGCAGAGCCUCUUUUAACGUCUGCCAGAGGUAUUCUUGCGAACUUACUGCCCAAUCUUAAUCGCACGAUUGCGAGCUGGGAUGGCCGACUCGAAUUAGCACCGACAUCAACUCCUACACAUACUGCAACAACUUUGACGGAGCUCUACGAGGCUCUCCCUUCACCCUCAGGGAGUAUCACUGCAACCUCAACACCAAUAACACGUCGUCUACUCAACUAUGACGAUCCACUCAACAAUUUGGGGCUCCGCUCGACAUUACAUCGCUACCAACGACGCACGAUUGCUGCUAUGGUGGAAAAGGAGUCGAAAUCAAAUUCAACUGCUGAACCAGAUCCGUUGUUCUUGCCAGUGAAAGGCAUGAACGCGCAAGAGUUUUACUUCCAGCCUGGUACCAUGGAAGUAUUGAUCGAACGGCCCAAGGUUGACUCAGCCAGAGGUGGAAUCUUGUGCGAGGAGCUUGGAACGGGCAAAACCGUUAUGUGCUUGGGUUUGAUAUUGUUUACUCUAACCGAAAUAUCGACACCGGAACCGUCGAUGCUCGAUACACGGCCCAUUUUAACACCCGUAGCCCUCCGCCAUUUCCCGGGGUCAGAGUUCUCCGCGGCACGAGCCCGUUUACUCUUGAACAACCGCAAAGCGCUUCCUCCAAGAGAUAGUCGUCAAUGCGUGCCAACACUUGUCGAACUUCUGCUGCACAAGUUGGCCGUCGAGCCUGUGGUAUCGGUGCCCCCAUCCAGAGCUGAACGCUAUGAGCAGCUCAAAGAGGCAGUCGAGGACCUGGAGCAGUAUAAUGGACCAAAGCAAAAUAAUAUCCCAUUCUACCUUGACUACCAGAAUGAGCCAAUAGACUACGAGCGAACCAACCGGAGGAAUCAGGUCGGGGCUAAGCAAGCUGGGCCGUUUAUGCUCUAUCUUACCUCAGCGUCGUUGGUUGUUGUGCCCCCCAAUCUUCUGCUCCAAUGGACCCAGGAAAUAUCUUUACAUUGUGAAGACCAUGUCAGGGUUUGCGUCCUGAAAGGCACUGAAGCCAUGCUGCCUGCACGGAUACUGGCAUCAGAAUAUGACAUAAUCCUAAUGACCUACUCACGGUUUACUGCUGAAAGUAGGGCUUCGAAAGACAACUCCACAACUAGUCCAUGGACUGGCUGCUCCUGCGCCGAAUAUCACAAUGUCCGGGUGCCGCGAUGUGUUUGCACAGCACCUGCCUCCUCUCCACUGCGACACGUUCGAUGGAAACGACUGAUCAUCGACGAAGGUCAUGUAUCAGCGACACUCGCAACAGAGUUGACCGGGUUCACAAAGUCGUUGAGUGUUGAGCGUCGUUGGAUUGUCUCGGGAACCCCAACUACAAACCUGCUAGGCUUGAGCCUCGGCAAGAAAGUGGUGUCGUUCGAUGCGCUCGCACGUGACUCGGAAUCAAUUGAGUCUUCUCGAGCAACUUCGCUUUCCAAUGAUGAUAACUCCUUGACCUUAACUGGUGAGCGGAUAUGGACUCGUGAAGAUGGCGAAGAUCUGAACAAACUCGGCAUCAUGAUCACUCAUUUCGUCGGAGUGCCACAAUUACUCGCGAAACCAAGUCUUAUGGAAUCACAUGUCAGGGAGCCCUUGCUGAACGGGAGAGGUAGCGCGCGAAAGUCACCACGUCCUGGUGCCAUUGAAGUAUUGAAGCAGCUAAUGGCGUCAGUAAUGCUAAGACAUCGCAUUGCGGACGUCGAAGAAGAGGUCGUCCUACCUCCCGUCACACACGAACUCGUCUUUCUUCAGCUCCACCCAAUCGCCGUCAAGUCCUAUAAUGCAAUGCAGGCUUCAAUCGCCAUCAACGCAAUAACCUCAGAGCGCAAAGAUUUGGACUAUCUCUUUCAUCCACGAAACGCAAACCUGCUUGCCGUAGCAAUGCAAAACAUGUCACAGAUACUAUUCUGGGGCGUGGACGCCGACAUGUACCACGCUGCGGACAACAUCAGUGAUGGUGGUGCAAAAUUGCGGGGGAAACUAAGCCCAACAACAGGUUCGGAGGACCGUUUACUGUUGGAAAACAGCAUCCGACAUUACGGAACCGCUUUCAAUGACCCGUUGUGGCGUGCAAUUCAAACCCAUGAAGAUGUCCCCUACCAGCUGACGGAUGUGGUGAAGCCAAUCAUGGAUAUAUGGUCCCGGACAAUAGCAAACGGCGCGCUUUACAUCCACGCUGACCGUAUCAAGAGACUUCGUGACUGGAUGGUCAGCCAUCCUCUGGCGAGCGAAGAGGCUAUUUGCCGGGCAGGGAGAGAACAAGUGGAAGAGGAUGUGAAAUGGCGCGCCGAAGUGGAGAGGAGGGAGAGACAAGCUAUGAAGGGAAAAUCCACAGGCAGCUCAGGGGCAAGUCACGAGCAGUCGAGGAGGAAAGCAAAGGCCACAGAGGCAAUUAAAAGUUCCUCGGAUGCGAAGACGGUAACGGAGAUCCACAAGAGCUUGGAGCAAGUUGAGUUGGGUAUCACGAUGGACACCGAAACUAGAGAUCCCCCAUCCAUCCUGCUGGCACGCUCACACAUCGGCCAGGCGAAGCUGGGAACGACAACGAGCAGCAAGUUGAAUUAUAUCAUCAACGAGAUUCUUCAAUACUCCAAGACGGAAAAAUUCCUUAUCUUCUCCGACUCUGUGCUUACAUUGGCCCACAUCAAGGAAGCCGUAGAGCUGAUCGGCGUUGACUACUUGUAUUUCUCUAACCAGAUCAAGGCCGAUGUACGGACGCAAAUGGUCUUGACAUUUCAGACAUCAGAAAAGUACCGCGUCUUCCUCGCUGAGUUGAAACUUGGCGCCCGUGGCUUAAAUCUCGUCAGUGCUUCACGCAUCAUCUUCUGCGAGCCCGUUUGGCGUCCCGACGUGGAGAGCCAGGCAAUCAAGCGGUGCCAUCGAAUUGGCCAAACACGGCCUAUCACAGUCAAAACACUUGCGAUACGCGCCACUGCUGAGGAGACCAUGGCCGCCAGACGCAAGGCCCUCCAGGAUGUCGCGCAGAUGCCGAAGCUGAUUGAAGAGGCUGGAUUCCGGUCGUACAUUGCGAAUCCGAAAUUCCUCCCAGAAACUCCGAUGGAGGAUGUCCCCAGCUUUGAAGCGCCACUUGUGAAGUUUGGGGAACCUGACAAUGCGCUCCAGCAGGAAGCAGACGUAGACAUGCCGUUUUACCCGUUGGAACACACUCCGCCGCCGACACCACCUGCUCGCAGAAAAAUCCGUUUUUCUGAUGACACGGAUGGCCAAUCGCCGCCAAAACGACAGAAGAUAGUCGUUCCUCGACACGAAAGUGAGGCUUCAGUCUCAGAGACCACGUCGCGGCGGAAAGUGCGCUUCUCGUGA